GGGCGACGGGGACACGGAGACCGCAGCGGCCCUCGAGGGGAAGUCCGCCGUGGCGCUCUACUUCGCGGAUGCCUCCGAGGCGAGCAAGGAGUUCACGGCCACCUUCGGCAAGGCAUACAACGAGGCCCUCAGCGACAAGGGGCUGGAGGUGGUCUUCGUCCCGUGCUGCGAGUCCGAGGAGGAGGCGGGCGGCGUCUUCGAAGAGAUGCCCUGGCUCAUGCUGCCCUUCGACUGCGAGGCGGAGCGGCAGGCCCUGGUCGAGAAGUUUCACGGGGGCGCCGCCCCGGUGCUGGUCAUCCUGGACGCGGAGGCACAGCUCAUCACCGCCGAGGGCGUGGCCAAGGUGACCCAGGACCCGCAGGGGGACGGGUUCCCGUGGCAGACACCAGUCCUGACGGAGCAGGAGGUCCUCGUCAGGAUGGGCACGGUGCCGCCAGAGGCGGGCCAGAGCGGCCUCAAGGGGAUCUUCAUCAACAGCAAGAACUACCUGAGUCUCGGCCUCGUGGACCAGCAGGAGGAGGACGACGACGUGCCGUUCUCGGGGAUGAAGCUCAAGCCCUACUGCAAGGUGGACAAGGCCGGGGCGCUCGAGGAGGUCAAGAAGAUGGGCUUCGCGUCGGACUGGCACCAGCAGCACAAGGAGAUAGAGAAGUUCGGGGGCGCGGAGCUGCUCCUCAUGUUCGAUCCGGAGAAGGCCUUCGGCGAGAAGAUGGUCUGGUGCACAACACUGGACGCAUACAACCGGGAGUGGGAGCGGAUCCAGGGCCUCCGGAACGCCGUCGUCGCGGAGUUCGAGGCGAGCCUCCGCCCAGGCUCGGGCGGCGGCACGGGUGGUGCCCAGGAGGGCGAAGCGGAGGAGGAGCGGGAGGACGACAUAGUUGUCCGUGACGCGCCGAAAGAUUGCGGAGAGUGGAAGUCCAAGACGAUGGAGGAUACCCACAACGAGGUAAAGAACUUCACGGUGCACAACUCGCGUCCUAAGAUGCAGAUCAUGAUCAUGCGCCCCCGCUUGCAAUUCGGCAAGCCGUUCAAGUUCACGGACUCUGGCGAGAACAUCAACGGGGCGAGGCCGCAGAAGGACCCAAACUUUUCCCUCUUCCGCAAGGAGCUGGAGCUGGGCAUACAGGCCGUCAAGGAGACGAGGUCCAUCGCUUGCCAGACCACUUGGUACCGGCCCGUGAACAAGUCGACCCAGUACUCGCCGAACGACUUCCUGCCGAAGCAGACGGACGCUGGCUACGACAAGGUGGACGAGCUCACAGAGUUUCUCGCGUUCGUCAGCGUUGGCGUCGAGGAAGCCCUGCAGACCAACGAGACCGUCGACAUCUUCCAGGAGGAGUUCGCGCACCUCGGAGAGGCGGACGCUGGCACCACCUCGGACGCCAACUCGGGCAUCAAGGACCUGAGGACCUUCCAGGACGUGAACCUCACCAAGGGCAAGCGCAUCGAGUGCGUGGAGUGGGUCCCCGGCUCCACGGACAUGCUCGCGUGCUCCUGCUGCGAGAGCCUCCCGUUCUCCGAGCGGCUGGAGAGCUCCGGCAAGGCCACGGACAGCACGAUCCUGAUCUGGUCCUUCCAGGACCCCCUGGCGCCCCACGCGAUCCUGAAGUCACCCUGGGAGGUCCCGGUGUUCAAGUUCUACCCCAGCGACGAGAAGUUUCUGGUCGCGGGGCUCAGCAGCGGGCAGGUGGCGGUGUGGAAGCUCUCCGACGCCGACCUCGGCCACGCGGUGCGGGAGAAGGGUAAGGGCGCGCAGGAGGACGAGCGGAGCUCUGCCACGCCGAUGGUGAGGCACAAGCAGAUGUCCAUCAUCGACGAGUCUCACAGGAAGCCCGUCAUGGCUAUCGAGUGGCUCCCGCCCACUAUCGAGAUCGAGAAGAGGGGUCGCGGCGCAAGCGAGAAGCACCCCAAGGACGGCCCCGUGAAGUACUUCGUCACCAUCGCCGGCGACGGCCAGGUUCUGAUCUGGAACUUCCAGGAGGUCCUGGACUCCAUCAACGACGCGGACUUCCUGUGGCAGCCGAUACACAGCGGCAACCGCCGGGUGCAGCUGCAGCGCCAGGACAGCGGCACAGAGAUGGGGUGUUGCCACCUCCUCUACUGUAGCGACAGGUACGACGACAAGGGCGUCAAGCUGCUCACACAGUUCUAUGCCUCCACGGAGGAGGGGGAGCUGAUCCUUGGCGACUGGGCCGCGCGCGCGGAGGAGGACAGGAAGGCGGAGUUCGUCAAGAAGAUCUUCCCCGUCUCCAAGACCUUCCGGCCGAUGCUCUCUCUGGAGCGGUCCCCGUUCUUCCCGGAGAUCAUCCUGGGCGUCACGGACUGGGCGUUCUUCCUCUGGAAGGACGGCGUCAAGGAGCACCUGUUCCAGUCCUCCUACACCUCCACGUACUUCACGCGCGGCGUCUGGAGCCCCACCCGCCCGUCGGUCAUCUUCCUGGGCCUCACCAGCGGCGGGAUCGACAUCUGGGACUUCAGCGACCAGUCCCACAAGGCCGCGCUCUCCGACGCCGGCGCCUCCGUCCCCAUCGCCUCCAUGGUCUUCCGAAAGCCCGGAGACCGCGACGCGAUCGGGGAGCAGCUGCUGGCCGUGGGCGACUCGCAGGGCACGCUCCACGUGCUCGGCGUGCCGAAGAACCUCGUGAGGCCGGCCGGCAAGGAGAAGCACACGAUGGCGAGGUUCCUCGAGCGGGAGGAGGCCCGCGUCAAGUACUUCGAGGAGCGCCGCCACGCACUGGCCGAGCUGCGGGAGAAGAUGGAGAAGGAGGAGCAGAUUGCCGUGGACAAGGACGCCGCAGAGAAGGGGAAGUCCUCUGAGAAAGACCAGGAAGUCGCGGACAAGGCGGCCGAGGCCAUGUACCAGAAGCUUGAAGCCGAGGUCCUGGAGCAGCUCAAGGGCUGA